AUACCGGAGGUCAAAGGAAGCUGCUUACGACAGCCGUAUUGUGCGGCGGUGUUGUAGCUGUCAGCGUGACUGUAUGGAGACUGGUAUAUAACGCAGACACCCGAGCAGAGUGACGUCCUGCAGGCUGCCAGGACCAUGCUGUACCUGAUCGGACUGGGUCUGGGGGAUGCUAAGGAUGUGACCGUGAGGGGCCUGGAAGUGAUCAAGAGCUGCUCCCGGGUCUAUCUGGAGGCAUACACGUCUAUACUGUCCGUGGGCAAGGAGGCUUUGGAGGAAUACUAUGGCCGCGAGCUGAUCCUCGCCGACCGCGAGACCGUGGAGCAAGAGGCCGAUGAAAUUCUCCGAGACGCGGCUGUCACUGACAUUGCCUUUUUGGUGGUUGGCGAUCCAUUUGGGGCUACAACACACAGCGACCUGGUUCUGCGAGCUGCUAAGGCAGGAAUCCAGCAUCGAGUCAUUCACAAUGCAUCUAUACUGAGUGCUAUUGGCUGCUGCGGCCUUCAGCUUUACAAUUUUGGGGAGACCGCCUCCAUUGUCUUCUGGACAGACUCCUGGAAACCAGAGAGCUUUUAUGACAAAAUCAGAAGGAACCGACUGAGUGGACUGCACACUCUCUGCUUACUAGAUAUAAAGGUGAAGGAGCAAUCCAUAGAGAACCUUAUGAGAGGAAAAAAGGUCUUCGAGCCUCCGCGUUUCAUGACUGUGAAUCAAGCAGCAGAGCAGCUUUUACAGAUCGUGCAGAACAGAAGGGAGCUGGGAGAGGAACUUGCUCUAACCGAGAACACAAUCUGCGCGGGACUGGCCCGAGUCGGGGCUACUGACCAACAUAUAGCAGCGGGCACUCUGCAGCAACUCAGCACGGUUGACUUUGGAGGUCCUCUUCAUUCACUGGUGAUAAGCGGCUGCAUGCACCCCCUAGAACUGGACAUGCUUAGACUGUUUGCUGUGGAACCCUGUAGCUUUGAUCAGAUAAAUGUGGAGGACAGCUCAACAUAUCUGUCGUCAUAGACAAUCCGUGAACCAUCUGCCCUACUCGAUGCAGGAGCAGCUGCCCAGCCUGUGGCAGCAAACAGUGCUUUGUGUUUGUCCCCUUGUGUUACUGUGCCACCCUCAGUAGUGAUAGAGUAAUAUCCUAGGGAUGCACCGACUGCACACUUACUAUAUAUGAGCUAAAUCCAGAUGUUAGAAUUGGACCUCAUGCACGCGACCGUAUCAGUUUGACGGUCCACAAAUUUUUGGAUCCACAAAAUACGUAUGAGUUUGUGGUCCGCAUUUUGCAGAUAUGUUCUAUAUUUUUGCUGAACGGACAUGCAGAUGUGGACCUAUGUGCAUUCCGAAUCCGUAUGUCCGAUCAGCAAAAAGAUACAGUAGAACUUUUUUCAUAUUUGGCCGCAAAAUGCAGACCAUGGAUCAAUUGGAGUCAAUGUGUCCGCAAGAAAUGCGGAUGCAGCAUGGACAGUAUCUAUAUUUUGCGGAUCCGAAAUUUGAGGAUGGCAUAAUACAUACAGUCGUGUGCCUUAGGCCUUUAAAAGGGUUUUCCAGGAUUUUUUUUUAACUGAUCACCUUUCCUCAGGAUAGGUCUUCAGUAUCUGAUCAGUGGGGGUCCCACUCCCGGGAUUCCCACGGAUCAGUUGUUUAGAGUAGGCAGCGGUGCUCCUGUGAGCUCCUAGGCCUCAUGACACAUGAACCUGUUGUCACUUGGCCUAGAAAAGCAGAGAGGAGGCCAUGGCGCUCACAGGAGUGCUGCUGCCCUCUCAAACAGCUGAUCAGUGGGGGGUCCCGGGUGUCGAACCCCACCGAUCAGAUACUGAUGACCUAUCCUGAGGAUAGGAAAAUUUUGUAUCAAGGACUGCACCAACGUCCCACUUUCUGGAAGCGUCACAGUCACCAGCGGUUCGACUCUUUCCCGCUGAAAGUAAUAGGAAUAAAACAAGAUUAUGACCAGCGUCUUCCUUGUGCAAGUUUUUUAUUCCCAAUCAACACAGCAAACUGGCAACGUUUCUGCCUAACACAAGCCUUUCUCAAGCCAUAAUAAACAUCACACAGUGUGAACUUGUAUACCUCCUCCACAAAGGGGUUGGUGAUAAUUGGUACAACCCCUUGUGGAGAAGGUAUAUAAGUUUACACUGUGUGAUGUUUAUUAUGGCUUGAGAAAGGCUUGUGUUAAGCCGAAACGUUGGCAGUUUGCUGUGUUGAUCGGGAAUAAAAAAAAAACUUGCACAAGGAAAACGCUGGUUAUAAUCUUGUUUUAUUCCUAUCCUGAGGCUAAGUCAUCAGUAUAAAAAUCUCAGAAAACCCAGAAGAAACAUGCAAUGAAUCACACUCCUGAAAAUGAAGCAUGGUCAUUCCUCCUGUGGGCCAAGCUCUCCAAGCAGCUGGCUUUAUUAAAAUACAGAAUGUUGGUGCAUCCAUAAUAUACGCUCAGGCAUUUUAAUAUAAACCAGUUCACCCAUGUUCACUCUUCUAUCCCACUGGUUAUUUAUUUGGAAGCACAGGAGUUUUCCAGAAAAGCUUGUUCUUAGGCAUAAAAAUGAAUAAAACAAUAAAAUUUUCAAGUAA